AUGCCAAUCCACCAGCUUCGAAGAACUGCCAUAGCUCAACAGUAUCGAUCUGGGCUAGCCCAACAACUCUUCACAGUAAAACAGUACUGUGGUGGCAGUGAGCAUGUGGAUGAAGCAUGGCAAAAUGUGAAAGGAGCUAUACUAGCGGCGUUCAGUGCUGCCUGCCCGACUUCUCCAAUUCGACCACAGGACCACUGGAUGUCGUCGAGGUCGUUAUCCAUGAUUGAUGCCAGGAAAGCCAUACCAGCAGGCAACGAGUACGACGGCGCACGCAAAUCCCUCAAACGCCAAAUAGUGAAGAGUCUAAGGAAAGACCGAGAGCUCUGGUGGACAUCGAAAGCUCGGAAGAUGGAGAAGGCUUUUGCUACGGGAAACAGUCGUGUCCUUUAUCAACUGAUACGAUCGACUGGCCCUAGGAAAGCAACGGUCAGCGAAACGAUAAGUGAAAAAGAUGGCUCAUUAAUUCACUUGCAAACACGUCGACUGGAGAGAUGGGCCGAAUACUUCGAAGAGCAGUUCAGCUGGCCUCCUGCAACACAGCCGGUGGAGAUAAUGCAUACGGGCGAAUGGAAUGUAAACCUUGAUCGCCCUUCGGAAGAAGAAAUAAGGUACGAAGUAGCCGCAAUGAAACGUGAGAAGGCACCAGGACCGGACGGUCUGUAUCCAGCCCUCUUCCAAGAAGGCGGAAAUUCCCUGGUGACCCACUUGACAAAACUUAUUGGUACUAUGUGGGACGAAGUGCAAGUGCCUGCAGAAUGGAGCAUGUCGACUGUUAUCCCUAUCUUCAAAAAUGGUACACGGACGCUAUGCGAAAACCACCGUGGCAUCAGCCUAUUAGUUGACGAUGGCAGGCUGAAUAGUGAUCGCGUGCGAGAGUUGGAGACGCUAUUCUGGAUCUUCAAGCCACAGCGUUGGCUGGUAGAUGGUUCUUUCACUCCAUUGCUAUCCCAUGAGUUCCGAAAUUCCCUUGCUCAUUCCAACCGUGCUGGUUGGUUCAACGUUACGCAGUGGUUGCAUUUGCUGAUUGGCCGACUUUUCCGGAAACCACAUUGGUCCACUGUUUCCGAUUCACCACCCAACUUUGCUACGACUAUUCUCCCAGUCGUUGAAUCUCGUCUGUCUGGGAUGAAUACGUUUGACAACGUACUGCAUUCGGCUGCGGUCCCACUCACAUCACUCUCCUCGUCUCGACCACGAAACGAUGAACCGAAUACUGAGUGGUCACCGUACUCGGCACAGCUGAUGCUUCCAUCCGAUUACCCGGCCUAUGCACCACACUUAUUUUCCAAGUCGUUGCGGACAUUCUUCUCCAAACGCAUCAGCAGCUUCAGUAUUGGUCCAUCACAUACUCAUCUGACUACAAGUUUAGAUUCGUCCGACGCGCACCAUCUGAAUGAGGCCAGUUGUACGAACAGCGCCACCGCUGAUAAUAUGAACGAUCCUGAGACGGUGCUACGCAGAGGGUUUUUAAAGCGCAGCUUUUCCGUAGUUCCUGAACGAUUUGAUGGUGUGGCGAGCCUGUACAACGCCCAUCUCCCAAUGUUAACUGAUCGUACCAUGAUUCAUUGCGAGCACUUUCUCGUUUUUCUCGCCUGUCUUUUCGUUUUGCUUGGAUUACCAUUCUCGCUUGUGUUUUGCCUCCGUGUUGUCACGCAGUAUGAACGGGCGGUGAUUUUUCGGCUGGGACGGUUGGUUUCGAAAAUGCCCGCCGGACCGGGCUUGAUUUUCACACUACCUUGUUUGGAUACUGUUGAGCGUGUGGAUUUGCGCACGUUCACAUUUGAUGUGCCCACGCAGGAGGUACUUACCCGAGACUCGGUCACUGUGGCUGUGAACGCCGUGGUCUACUAUCGAAUCUUUGAUCCUGUUAUGUCUGUGGUCAAUGUGAAGAAUGUUAAUUGUUCUACACGCCUUCUGGCCCAAACCACACUGCGUAAUGUUUUGGGAAUGGUAGAUUUGUGCGCACUGCUCACCGACCGCGAGAACAUUGCCGCGAUGAUGCAAGAGACACUGGACACUGCGACAGAAACAUGGGGUAUGAAAGUUGAACGCGUGGAGAUCAAAGACGUCCGCUUGCCAUUGCAACUCCAACGGACGUUGGCUGCAGAAGCCGAGGCCACGCGAGAAGCAAAGGCCAAAGUAAUUGCAGCCCAUGGGGAGAAAGAGGCCUCGCGACCGUUACGAGAAGCAGCAAUGGAGAUUCGUAAUUGUCCUGUGGCUUUGCAGUUGCGUUAUUUGCAGACUUUGUGUGACAUUUCGGCUGAACACAACUCUACAAUCAUAUUCCCUUUACCUAUUGAAAUUUGGAGUACAUUGAAGAAAUCCCCAUGGUUUUAUCGAACACCCACUACUAAACCCGAAGAUGCCGAGCAGAUGGAGGAGGCGAGUGGUUGUUCACCAUACACCGUUUCCCCUCUGUACCCACAGACACUUCGAACUCAAACUUGCAUCGAUGCCGCAGUCGUUUGCCAAACUUCGCCUCUAUUCUCGCUACCUUCGCUGGAUCGAACAGACAUACCCAAGCGUACGACGUUCUCCGGAUUUGGAAAACGUGCUCUAUCGACCGAUUACUGCGACCAACCGGCUGAGUUGUUUGAGUUGCUCUUCCGCCAGGGAAUUGGAGCCAUGUGUGCCAAAUUCUACACGACAUGGGCUGAAUUGCUAGAAUCACGCCAUCACAUUGCACGGGCUGCCGCAGUGUACGCUCAUGGCCUUCGUGCAGGUGCCCAGCCACUGUUUGUACUCGAAGAUCGUGCUGAGUUAUUCAUCACUCGUUAUCAGGCUGUUUGCACAGAACAAAACCUCGAUCGCCUUACAGCGAACAUUUUGACUCUUCCACCUCUACAAACGGAUUCACGUAUUCGUUCUGGAGAGGUAUCUGCCAGACAGGCUCUGGCUGCUUUACGACUGACCGACACAGACACCUCUUCCAUGAAGGCUCCCGUUAUACGAACUAGUGACAGGUGGCAUCCUGAUCAAAAAGGACUUGGUUCCGCAAAUAACGUUUUGACUGAAACUCCCAGUCUUCAGUCUCAACCCCGAUUGGUGCCACACUCUAAUUCCCACCAAGAUAGAAGCUCGGAAACAACUCUUCUGCAUACACUGCCUCCACUGUCUCGGUCCAUGACUUCGGCACCGAGCGGUGCGUCCACUCGACCUCUUGGUCCCCCAACUGAAUGGCAAAAAGAGAACCUGCUCAAACCUGGUCCAUGGGUAAAUGAAAAGCUUCCAAACACCUCGUUACAUUUAUCCCAACCAUCCACACAGUCCUGGCAUUUCUACGCUGAACCUGAGCAGGGUAACGGCUCGGACAGUACACCAUCCACGCGAGUUCCGGAGAAGCCUUCGAACACGACCGAUGGGUCAACUUCCUCACUAGUGCGAGCAUACGGGGAGCCUUCCAAAAGCUUCCGUACACAGGGAGGUGAUCGUCAGGGGUGUUCACUCUCUGCGCUCCUAUUUAAUUUCGCGAUCGAUGAGAUAAUGGGACGAACGCUGAAGGGUCUUCAAAACCCCGUUGUUCAAGUAGGCUCUGACGGAAACCUUGUCGAUCUGGAAUAUGCAGAUAAUAUCGUCCUCGUUUUCGAAGAGAAGACGGCGCAUGCGUUUUUGGAUGAACUGAUCAAAGUCAUCCUGUCCUUUGCCACUGCCGUUAAACGGAAAGGUCUAAUGGCCCUUCACAGUUCAUCUGGGGAAAUGAGUGGGCCGACAUUGAAAUUAUCGACCUUCCAUACGAUCUUUGGGAACGAGACAUCUCAUGGGACGGUCAUUACCACAAGUGGAGAUGACGCAUUCUGCGAGACCGUGCAACUUCUCAAUCUUCCAAGUCUUCCUCCUGGACGUCUACCGAAAGAUGCUGUUUUCAGCAUCCCAUUGGAUCUCAUUUACGGUGGUGCUGAGGAAAUGUGUUGGGAAAUGCAUCGCGCCAUGCGGCUGGGUAACUUUUGGCCCCCCUUCAAAUCAGAAACGCAGAACGGGACUUCCCAGGACUGGGAUGAAGAGGAACAACAUAUUUUACAGGAGAUCGAAUCAAUAACGAAACAGCAAGAGGGAGACACAGGAUCCAAGGUGUUCCAGUCGGAGCAGACAAAUAUCGGGUCGAAUCGUGUUUCACUCAUUAAAGCCCUUGAAACAAUCGCACUCCGAUAGAGGAAUUCACCGUCCUCGACCAUAUUCCACACAGUGUUUUCCCGCUUCAAUUUGUAUUUUCCUAUUCACCCUCAUUCACCUGUUCUCAGAACAAGCUCAC